UAGGAUUCUGGCAAAGCGUCCUAAACUGACGUCACUCCGGUAACGAUGAACAACCUGUAGGAUUGUAGAGAAAUCCGUGCUGAUUUUUCCGUUAACUCAAUUGUUUUAAUAUACUCAUCAAAUAACGUGCAAACAUCAUGGUUUUCGAUGUGAGGAGGUUGGAUAUCUACAGGAAAGUACCCAAAGACCUGACCCAGCCCACGUACACAGGAGCUGUGGUGUCCAUUAUCUGCUGUGUCUUCAUGUUGUUUCUGUUCCUCUCUGAGCUGAAGGGAUUCAUAGCCACUGAAAUGUAAGUACUCUUAACUCUCUCUUUGUCUCUCUCUGACCCUGAUAAGAACAGUGGUGGGAAGAUUGAUGUGAGUUUCUCUCUUUGUCCAAACUUCCACUGUGAUUUGGUAGGUCUUGAUAUCCAGGACGAGAUGGGUCGUCAUGAGGUGGGGCACAUUGAUAACUCCAUGAAGGUUCCUCUCAACCACGGACAUGGCUGUCGCUUCGAGGGAGAGUUCACUAUUAACAAAGUACCAGGUAACUUCCACGUGUCGACCCAUAGCGCCACAGCCCAGCCCCAGAGCCCUGACAUGACACACCUCAUACACAAACUGGCCUUCGGGGAGAAACUACAGGUGCAGAAUGUCCAGGGAGCCUUUAAUGCGUUGGGAGGAGCUGACAGGCUGGUCUCCAACCCUCUGGCAUCUCAUGACUACAUCCUAAAGAUUGUCCCAACAGUCUAUGAAGACCUGAGUGGAAAACAGAGGUUCUCCUACCAGUACACAGUAGCCAACAAGGAGUACGUAGCCUAUAGCCACACAGGAAGGAUUAUCCCAGCUAUCUGGUACCGCUAUGACCUCAGUCCAAUCACAGUCAAGUACACAGAGAAGAGACAACCCCUCUACCGGUUCAUAACUACGAUCUGUGCCAUCAUCGGGGGGACAUUCACGGUAGCAGGCAUCAUAGACUCCUGUAUAUUCACAGCCUCCGAGGCCUGGAAGAAGAUCCAGAUAGGAAAGAUGUCCUGAGGGCAUAUCACUACACUGUCCCGAGGAUGUAUCACUACUCUGUCCUGAGGACGCAUCACUACGUGUCACUACGCCCUCAUGAAACGUAUUUCUAACAUCCAGAAGGGUGUAUCUCAAUAGUCUACAGGCUUCCUCUCCUUCACCUGCUAGAAUAAUAAUAUAUACCAUUUAGCUGACGGUUGUUUCCUAAGUGACUUAAUCAUGUUACACAUUUUUCUUUAUGGGUGGCCCCAGCGGGAAUCGAUCCCACCAUCCUGUCGUUACAAGUGCCAUGCUCUACCAACUGAGCCUUUACAUUCCUUCAUCUGUCAGAGCAGAGGAAGGAAAGGAGACGAGGCGAGGAAGCGACUCCAGACUAUUGAGAUGCACCCAGAGACGGGCAGUAUAUUUCUCCAGAUGACAACAGGAUGGAUGGUUAACUGAUUGUUUUCAAAUGGCAACAUUUACCCUUUUAUAGUGCACUUCUUUUGGAGCCUCAUAAAUAGUGCACUUCUUUUGGAGCCUCAUAAAUAGUGCACUUCUUUUGGAGCCUCAUAAAUAGUGCACUUCUUUGGGGUCAUAAAUAUUGCACUUCUUUUUGAGCCUCAUAAAUAGUGCACUUCUUUUUGAGCCUCAUCAAUAGUGCACUUCUUUAGGAGCCUCAUAAAUAGUGCACUUCUUUUGGAGCCUCAUAAAUAGUGCACUUCUUUUGGAGCAUCAUAAAUAGUGUACUUCUUUUGGAGCAUCAUAAAUAGUGCACUUCUUUUGGAACAUCAUAAAUAUUGUACUUCUUUUGGAGCCUCAUAAAUAGUGCACUUCUUUUGGAGCAUCAUAAAUAGUGCACUAUGAAUUAAAUAGGGUGGUAAAAUGUAGUAAUUUGUCAUCAAAUGUUUUUCUCAUGUUACUUUCAAAUGUUUUUUUUUUACAUAAUAUUUUGUACUUUGUGACAUGAAGUGAAUAUAUACUGUCUUUUUCAGGUGUAAAAUACCACAUUGUAACAUACUGUAUUUAUGAUUGUAUUGUGGAAUGAAUCACACUGUCACAUCAAGCCAUUGGAAAUAUAAUGAAUCAAUUGUG